UCACUAAUUCCCAGUGUGUCUUAUCAAGAUGUUUGAAUUCUAUGAACGCGUGUCCGGGGCUCGGAUGCAUGCUGCUUAUGUCCGGCCAGGAGGUGUGCACCAGGACCUGCCCCUUGGGCUUCUGGAUGAUAUUUAUGAGUUUUCUAAGAACUUCUCUCUUCGGGUUGAUGAGUUGGAAGAGAUGCUGACCAACAAUAGGAUCUGGCGAAAUCGGACAGUUGACAUUGGUGUUGUGACAGCCGAAGACGCGCUUAACUAUGGGUUUAGUGGUGUGAUGCUCCGGGGCUCAGGUAUCCAGUGGGACCUGCGGAAGACGCAGCCCUAUGAUGUUUACGACCAGGUGGACUUCGAUGUUCCUAUUGGCUCUCGAGGGGACUGCUACGAUAGAUACCUGUGUCGGGUGGAGGAGAUGCGCCAGUCCCUUCGAAUCAUCGCGCAGUGUCUGAACAAGAUGCCUCCCGGGGAGAUCAAGGUUGAUGAUGCCAAAGUGUCUCCCCCUAAGCGAGCAGAGAUGAAGACUUCCAUGGAGUCAUUGAUCCAUCACUUCAAGUUGUACACGGAGGGCUACCAAGUCCCUCCGGGGGCCACAUACACUGCCAUUGAGGCUCCUAAGGGAGAGUUCGGGGUGUACCUCGUGUCCGACGGCAGCAGCCGCCCUUACCGAUGCAAGAUCAAGGCUCCUGGUUUUGCCCACCUGGCUGGUUUGGACAAGAUGUCGAAGGGACACAUGCUGGCGGAUGUUGUUGCUAUCAUAGGUACCCAAGAUAUUGUGUUUGGAGAAGUGGAUCGAUGAGCUGGGGAAAGCAUUUGAUCCCCCUGCCUGUCUGCUUCCUCCUCGGAGCCUGGCCGUCCCUGGACAGGGACUGUGUGUGUGUGUGUGUGUGUGUGUGUGCACGCGCGCACACCCGUGAACACUCAGCCGUCAGGCUUUCUGUGCAUGUACUAGAAAAGGAGAAAUUAUAAUAAAUUAGCCGCCUUCCGGCUGCUCUGCCCAAACCUC